GUACACUUCCGGAAGCUGGGUUUUGUUUGACAACCACGUAUCGUCUGCGAAUAUAACCCGCCACACUGCUUCACUAGGUUGAUGCUGCAUACAAAUUAUAACAUAGAGAUUUUCAGUGGAUUUCCUAAAUAAGUGUCCCAACACAAGCAGAUUUUUUGCACUUAGGAAAGGCACUAGAUAAUCUGCAAAGCUGGCUUCCAAAAUGACAGACUCAAAAUAUUUCACGACCACCAAGAAGGGUGAGAUAUUUGAGCUGAAAGCUGAACUCAACAGCGAUAAAAAAGAGAAGAAGAAGGAGGCUGUGAAGAAAGUGAUUGCCAGUAUGACGGUCGGCAAGGACGUGAGUGCGUUGUUUCCGGACGUCGUGAACUGCAUGCAGACUGACAACCUGGAGUUAAAGAAGCUGGUGUACCUGUAUCUGAUGAACUACGCCAAGAGUCAACCAGACAUGGCCAUCAUGGCCGUCAACACAUUCGUCAAGGACUGUGAAGACUCGAACCCUCUGAUCCGUGCGCUGGCUGUGCGUACCAUGGGCUGUAUCCGCGUGGACAAGAUCACGGAGUAUCUGUGUGAGCCGCUGCGCAAGUGUCUGAAGGACGAGGACCCGUACGUGCGCAAGACGGCCGCAGUCUGCGUGGCCAAGUUACACGACAUCAACGCGCAGCUCGUGGAGGACCAGGGAUUUCUAGAUCUACUCCGAGAUCUCCUGUCUGACUCAAACCCUAUGGUGGUGGCCAACGCAGUCGCAGCAAUCACUGAAAUUCUCGAUGCAUCUCCAACUGCCCAGCAAGUCCUGGAGCUUAAUUCAGGGACCAUAAACAAACUGCUGACUGCUCUCAAUGAAUGUACAGAGUGGGGCCAGGUGUUUAUUCUCGAUUCAAUUUCCAAUUACGUGCCCAAGGAUGACAAAGAAGCACAAAGUGUGUGUGAGCGUGUGUCCCCGCGGCUGGCCCACGCGAACGCGGCAGUGGUGCUGUCGGCCGUCAAGGUGAUCAUGAAGUACAUCGAGAUGCUCGACCCAAACGGAGACUACGUGGCCAUCCUCAUCAAGAAGUUGUCUCCCCCUCUCGUCACUCUCCUCUCCGCGGAGCCCGAGAUUCAGUACGUCGCACUCAGAAACAUCAACCUCAUUGUGCAGAAGAAACAAGACAUUCUGAAGAACGAGAUGAAAGUCUUCUUUGUGAAGUACAAUGACCCGAUCUAUGUGAAACUGGAAAAACUGGACAUCAUGAUUCGACUGACAAACCAAGGAAACAUUGCACAAGUCUUGGCAGAAUUGAAGGAGUAUGCCACGGAGGUAGAUGUUGACUUUGUGCGUAAGUCUGUCCGUGCGAUUGGUCGAUGUGCCAUUAAAGUGGAGCAGGCUGCAGAGAGGUGUGUGAGCACGCUCCUUGACCUGAUCCAAACAAAGGUCAACUACGUCGUACAAGAGGCCAUCGUCGUCAUCAAGGACAUUUUCCGGAAGUACCCGAACAAAUAUGAAAGUAUCAUUGCGACCUUGUGUGAGAAUUUGGAUACACUGGAUGAACCAGAGGCAAGAGCGUCUAUGAUUUGGAUUAUUGGUGAAUAUGCAGAGCGAAUAGACAACGCCGAUGAACUUCUUGAGAGUUUCCUCGAAGGCUUUCAAGAUGAAAAUUCACAGGUUCAGCUGCAGCUUCUUACUGCGAUCGUCAAGUUGUUUUUGAAGCGACCGACUGACACCCAGGAGCUGGUUCAGCAAGUACUCAGCCUGGCCACACAGGACAGUGACAACCCUGACUUGCGCGACCGCGGCUACAUCUACUGGCGCCUGUUGUCGACGGCGCCAGCGGCCGCCAAGGAGGUGGUACUGGCGGAGAAACCUCUGAUCUCGGAGGAGACGGACCUCAUUGAACCGACUCUCCUCGACGAGCUCAUCUGUCACAUCUCCAGCCUCGCCUCCGUCUACCACAGACCACCCAACAACUUCGUCGAGGGACGCGGGGGUUAUAGGAAGUCCCUGCCGCCAAGGUCACAGUCUGGUAAUAUUUUGGAGGAGGUUCCAAGUGAAGUUCAGGCCCAACAGGCCGUUCCCCAGGCAACCGUGAUUCCCGGGGCCGACUCGCUGAUUGGAGAUCUGCUGGACAUUGACCUGGGCGGCCCGACGCCGUUCCAACAACAGCAGCAGCAAGUGUUCACGACGCCGUCUGCGCAGCCCAUGCAGCAGUCCGGUGGCAUGGACUUCCUCGGGGAGGGGCUCGACAGUCUGCUGGGCGGAGGUGGAGUAUCGGCUGGAGAUAGUCUCGGAGGUCUGGGUGAUAUAUUUGGUGGAAUAGCGUCACAGUCAUAUGUCCCACCACAGGAGGUUUGGCUUCCAGCUGCUAAAGGUAAAGGUUUAGAGAUUACAGGGACGUUUGCGAGAAGAAACGGGCGAAUCUAUAUGGAAUUGACCUUCAUGAACAAGGCCAUGCAGGCGAUGGCAGGCUUUGCCAUCCAGUUUAAUAAAAACAGUUUUGGUAUGCAGCAAGCACAGCCCAUUGACAUCCCAUCUCCCCUCACUCCCAACGGCACAGCGAGCACGUCAUUAUUGCUGAACACACAGGGGGCCGUGCAGAAAAUGGAUCCUCUACUUUCUUUACAGAUUGCCAUCAAGAACAACAUCAGCGUGUUCUACUUCAGCGUGACGAUUCCGAUGCACGUGCUGUUUGUCGAGGAUGGCGAGAUGGACAAGAAAGAGUUCCUGGCCACGUGGAAGGAAAUCCCGUCCACCAACGAAGUCCAGUACACCAUCAACAACGUUCAGCACAAUGCAGAUACAGUUUCACAGAAACUAAAGAACAGCAAUAUUUUCACAAUUGCCAAGCGUAAUGUGGAGGGCCAGGACAUGCUGUACCAGUCUCUCAAACUGUCCAAUGGUAUCAAGGUUCUGGCAGAACUCAAGAUACAGCCAGGAAACCCAAGCUUCACGUUAUCAUUGAAGUGUAGAGCUUUAGAUGUAUACAGUGGUGUUCAACAAGCCUAUGAAGUUAUUCUCCACAACUAGUCUUAGAUGAGAUACCAAAUGGUUAACUUUGGUCAGAGAAAUACUACUAGUAAACUGAAGGAAA